AUGCAGGUCAGCUCAAAUGGGUGUCGGUUCUGGAAGGUCGGAAAAUGUGGUAUCUUCCACGGAGUUCCUUUCCUCAUGCUGCAGAAUAUCUCAGUCACGUCGGGUCUCAACACCAUCAUGCCCCCGAAUUGCCCGUACGCGCCUGAUGCUGUGCGGUUGCAGGAAGAAUACCCCCUUAUCAACAACGAGGACCUUGAGAGAGGCACAUACGAGGAUCUCGAGAUCAUUUUCAAGCAUCUACCCUCCAGUCUAAAACACCCACCCGGCAACGAGCGUGAAUGUACUCUUGCUAGAAUUCUGUGCGCGGCGUCCGCCUUCCUGCACCAAAUCCGGUCGGGCGGUAUAGCUGGUCGGCUGUCUUACUAUAGUCAAGACAAAGACGAUCACAAUGGGUCACCGUCUUCUUCAGCGAGCCGGCCCUUUAAUAUAGACACAGCUACACCUACUCGGGUCACUCCAAGCAGGAUUCCGAAAGGCAGUAUGGCGAAAGGCAGUAUGGCGAAAGAUAGUAUGGACGGUGCCGCCGCCAAGGCGUUGUUCGAUCAAGCUCUGAUCGAGCAGGGGCCUCUCAAGAAACAGAUACUCGAGCAUCCGGCCCGCAGCGAAGCCAAAUACACGUUAGGACUGCCUCCGAUAGAUCGUGCUUUUUCGUCAGAAAGGAUUCACUGA